GUACGUAGUUGUAGUUGUCUGCCUCCCUGCCUCUGUUUUGUAACUGUCAAAUCUCUAAACAACAAAUUGGUUGUUUAUUUAAAAUGUACAAUAUUAAUAGAUAGUAGGCUAGCUAUUUAUUUUUAAUCAAUUACUAGCCUACAAUUAUUGUGAUGGUUUGGAGAUCGAUUGAAGAGCUGUGAUAAAUCAUGACCAAUGAAGACCAAAAUGACCACAAUUUAAAUUUAAUACAACCUUAAUUAAAGUCAACGUCAAUGGGGAAAUUCAAAAGACAUUCUUCAGUUAGGGAUAGCAAGAACAGUGAACCAAAGACUAACCUAUGGUUUGACAUUUCAACUGAACAGUGGCCAAUAGUUUACUGCAAUCAUUAUAAUGUCAGGUUCGGAGGUUUGGAAAAACUUCAUCCAUUUGACGCUGUUAAAUGGGCAAAUAUAUUCCAGUAUUUGAAAGAAGAAGGGUUGGUCACUGAGGAUUCUAUAGCUAAGCCAAAAGAAGCAACUGAAACAGACUUAUUGUUAGUUCAUACCAAGAAGUACCUGAAUAGUCUUAAAUGGGGCUGGAAUGUUGCAGCUAUAGCAGAAAUUCCUGCUCUCGUUUUUGUGCCAAAUUUUCUAAUACAGAAGCUUUAUCUUCGACCUAUGAGGUUCCAGACGGGAGGAUCCAUCUUGGCAGGACGGUUGGCUCUGGAGCGGGGUUGGGCCAUCAACAUUGGAGGAGGGUUCCAUCACUGCAGCAGAGACAAGGGCGGAGGCUUCUGUGCAUAUGCUGAUAUCACAUUGUUGGUGAAACACUUGUUUAAGUAUGAGCCUCAACGUGUACGGACGGCAAUGAUCGUUGACUUGGAUGCUCAUCAGGGGAACGGCCAUGAAAGGGACUUCCUGGGCAAGGAAGAUAAAGUGUUCAUCAUGGAUGUUUACAACAGUUCCAUCUACCCCAAGGAUCGGGAAGCCGAAGCAGCUAUCCGGUGCAAGGUCAAGAUUGCUCCUUUCAUCGAGGACAGAGAAUAUCUCGCUCUAGUCCACAGAAACCUGGAGAAGAGCCUGGAUAGUUUCCAGCCGGAUAUCCUGGUCUACAACGCUGGCACGGAUGUCCUGGCGGGGGACAGCCUGGGCCUGCUCUCUGUGUCAGCUCAUGGAAUCAUAGAGCGAGAUGAGAUGGUUUUCAAGAAGGCAAGAGAACGCAAGAUUCCGAUCGUGAUGCUCACUAGUGGAGGCUACCUCAAGAAGACAGCUCGCAUCAUUGGUGAUUCCAUUCUCAAUCUUCAUGAGCAUAGUCUCAUAUCACUGACUGAUAAAUCCCUAUAGCAGAUCUCUUGAAUCAUUUAUUCAUGUCCUAAAAAGUAUGUAAUCAUUGUAAACUCUUAACAUCGGUUUGUUCAAGCUACAGAAUAAAUUUACUGGUUUAAGUAGGUAGUAAGAACAUUUUAAAUUAUAGCCAAUAGUUGCGUCCCUUCUUGGAGUACCAAUUUACCACCAUUGGCAUAAAUGGACUAAGUUACAGAAAACUAGUUCUAUAAUAAUGUUUACCAUCCAAAAUAAAGAGAAAUUCUUCAGCACAUGAUUUACUUAAUAGUUUCUGUAUUUCUAGGAAUUUUCCCAGGGCUGCUUAAAUGGGCCCAUGGAUGCUAAAGGUGAGAAACAUCAUUCCCCCGCAAGUAGGGGGGGGGGGGGACAAUUAUCUCUUGGGCCCUUAGCGUGCAAACUACGGCUUUGAGAUUUCCAUUUUAUAAAAGAUACACUAUGUAUGCAACAAAAAUAUAUUGCAGGCAAAUUAAAAAGUCACUGGAAAGUCAAGGAUUCAUAUUUAAUGGUUCAGUAGACACACCAUGUUUUUUUUCAACUAUGAUAUAAAAAAAAAUUACCUUCUAAUAUCUGUUACCCAGAAGUUAUAAGCUUGUAUAAAUUGAUGUUUUUGACAGUUUUUUCAUACAAAGAAUAUACAGUUGUUACAUCUAAAA